AACAAAAAAUAUUAUGUAGACUUUGAACAUCUACCUGAAGUCAUAAUCAGUGAUCAAAACGAUUAAACUAUGUGAUAUUCAUCUUUUCAUUAAUUAAACAUAUUAAUUUUAAAUGCAACUUUCAUAAAGUUCAAAGUAUAGGUAAUGCAAAUUAUUUGUGAGAUUAGCAUAUAGCUUAUCCGAAAACGAAAAACAUUGCGCAAAAUGUCAAAUUUUCAAAUGUCUAAUGUGGCAGAACCUUCAGUGUAUAGUCCAAGCAAUCAAAAUGCUGCUAAUUUAGGUAUGGGAAGUACUGCAAUAAAUAUGCCGCCAGCAUUACCACCCAGGCCUUAUCAAACCCAAAGGUACGGAGGUUGGCCUAGUGGAAGCACAUACGGAAGUGGAUUUGGAGGCUAUGGAUAUUCUGGCUAUAAUGGUUUCGGAAGCUACAGCAAUUUUGGGAGUUUUGGGCAAGGUAUAGGUUAUGGCGGAAUGUACGGAGGAUACAAUAGAAUGUAUGGACCUAAUGAUAUGGGAAAUAGAUUCAUACAAUAUGCCGAGGAGUCUUCGAGACCGGCUUUCCAGUCCAUCGAGUCUGUAGUUUAUGCCUUCAGUGGUAUAGCUCAGAUGCUUGAUUCCACAUAUAUGGCAAUGACUACUACAUUCCGCGCAAUUUUAAGUGUAGCAGAUAAUUUUGGAAGACUACAUUCAUUAUUUGCUCGAUUUUGGUCUACAUUUGCAUUAUUUAGAUCUAUUAAUUGGUUCUAUAGAAAACUUUUAUCAAUGCUUGGAUUAUCAAAACACGACCCACAAAAAAUCAAAGCCUGGGCAGAAGCUUUGAAUGGCAAUAAGCAAGAUGGAGAUAAAAAUACUUCAAGUUGGCCUAUUUUAGUAUUUCUAGGUUUUAUUACAUCUGCGCCUUAUAUUAUGUACAAAAUAUUUGAAGGAUGGAAUAAAUCAGUUGUGGAGAAAACGUCAGAUCCUUCUACUUGGGAUAAGCCUUUACUCGCUUCGGCUUUGUAUGACUUAUCAAGUUCUAACCCUAACGAAUUAUCUUUACGUACUAUGCAAAGUGUUAAAGUUGCACCACUUGAAAUUCAAAAUGAAAUGAAAUUAAUGAAUACGGGAUGGCUUCUUGCCUCUACUGACAACAAAACAUCUGGUUUAGUACCUGCUAAUUAUAUACAAAUUAUCAAAGGCAAUGUUAAUGCUAAUACAACUGAUAAAGUUGAGACAAAAUAAAGGAAGAUUCAGAUAAAAAUGUAAAUAUUAAUAUUAGGCAUUUAUAACAAAUCAUGUGCUUUUCCUUGCUCACUAAGAUCUUGCUAUUAUGUUAUGGUUGAUACUAGACAACUGUAUAUUAAGUAAUUAUAAGU